AUAUGAUGUAGCACUGCUCGCGUACGACCUGCUGCUGAACAUGUCGCGAGAGAUAGACCUAGUCUGGCGACAAAAGUGGCGAGCGUCCACCGCGAUCUACUUCCUACUCCGCUACCCCGUUGUCGCAUUCCAGAUCUUCAACGUCUACGCUUCGUCUUAUACCACGCCACAGUAUGCCUCCCUCUCUCAGUGCAGCCCGAUACUCACGUCGGUUCUCUUCUCCUGUCCAGCUGCAACGCCCUCUACAGGUUUACAUGGGCCUUUUCAAUCCUACUCACGAGAGUAGCUAUCACAGGUAACUUUCGGG